AUGUAUGCCUACAGACGAACUAGGCAAAAUACCCCACAGCAAGCCCAUAAACCGCGCCUCAUCCGUAGACAAACAUGCUAUUUUGCAAGAGAAACCUUCAUAGUUGCCGUUGUCUGCAUUUACAUCGAGCACGAUAAAUCAGGAUUUGACGGAGGACUCGGCAUGGCACUGUUUCUCACCCCAAAUGAAGCCCGAUUAGGGUCGUUGAAUCUUCCCCCAAUUGUUAUCGCUCUCCCACAGUUGCCAAACAUCAUUUCCGAGUGGGCAGCUAUCAUUCCUCUCUUCAGCCAUCUUGCAAGCCACCGAAAUGACUAUCUAAUCGCUGGCGAAGUUGCGCUCUCCGCGAGACUAUCGAUCGACUUUCUCCCCAAGCUGGGGACACUCUCUGGAUUGUCUCGGCUGUUAAGGAGAGGCCAGGAGUUCUUUGACCAGGCAAGCCUCAAGGGAGGUUCCACGCAAAUCAUCUGGGACGUUCUCUGGGGCAGCGAGUUCCCAUGCGCGAAUGGAAGUGCAAGUGCUGCAAUCGUUAGUGAGGCGCUUCGAUACCGAGAUAAUACAUGUAUUAUUCAAAUGCCCGAGAACGUUUCCGAAAUGUCCAAAGACAGUUGUUCCAUAGCCUCGAAAGGGGAGAAUACUUCAGAGGCCUCAACAUCCUCAUUUGCGUCUCCUCCUCCCCCAACGUUGUCACAGCUGCGAAGCCCCCAAUCUCGUCGUACUCAAACCCUUCACGUAUUACGCAUUUCUCGCAGAGCCCCGCGCCAGUCCUCAAGAAAUAUCCUGACCUGUGGUCUCCCUAACCCCGUUCAGACUCUGUGGGCACUGAGUUGCAUAGUAGGCUUUAUAUUUCUCGUCCUAUGUGGCACUUAUGGCACCGCCAUGGUGCUGGCCUGUAGUGCGACCUCGUUUAUUGUGGCAUACAACGUUGAAGUUUCACGUACACCAGGAUACCUGGACAAUAAUGAGACAACGCCUACGGCAUUUAUGUUGUCUGCGCCCCAUGCAAAUGCCACAGAAUGGCAGUUGUUCGUCGGUGAUCGUGGCGUCGUAGACUGGCUGUUAAACAAGACCAUGGUGACCAUCCCUUGCGGCAAGACCAACACGAGGCUAGCUGCGAGAUGGAUGCAGGUCGCACACUGGUUGCAGCUGGCGGCCAUGACUUUCUCCGCUGCUGAAAAGGGAUGGGACGGUGUGUUUAUGUUUGGGUUAUGGGUACUGAAUGCAGCGUUUAAGCUGCGUUCGAGAUGGCGGGGAUUGGCGCGAGCCUGGCAAGACCAGGAAGGUGUGGAGGUGGCAGUAAAAAGCUUCGAAUUCACUGGGCGCUCUGCUCUUAUAGGCGCCGUGCACAAAUUCAGCGGCACUCGUGUGACAAGCUGGAUGGACGACAUCCUGGUACCACACCCGAGGCGAGACUCAUGGCUGCAGGCAUUGGAUGGUGAGUUGCCUGAAAAGGAAGUAUUGGACGUGCAUGAACGCGCUCAAGUUUAUCUCAGGGCGCAGCUUACUCUUGAAGCGGUCACGGUGUUGAAAGCCCAUGUUCCCUUGGACGAGGUGUAG